AGGGUAGCACAUAAUUCACCUUUUUUUUUCUACCGUAGUCUUUUCUUAUUUCACGCUCACUGUUUAUCUGUGAUAUCGUUUUCGCAACACAAAACACAUAACGUGGACACCAUGAAGGCCGUGUUCAUCACCGGUGGAAACCGCGGCAUCGGCUUGGAAACCGCUCGCCAGAUGGGUAAGCUUGGCUACCACGUGAUAAUCAGCGCACGCAAGGAAGAGGAUGCUAAGAAAGCCGUGGCGGACCUGUUCCAUGACGGGUUGAAGGUUGAUUAUGUGAUCAUGGACACGGAGGAUACGGCCGCGGUGGAGAAGGCUGCUGCUGAGGUGUCGAAGCUGGUCAACGGCGUUCUCGACGCUCUGAUUAACAACGCCGGUUGCGCCUGUCCGUGCGGCGACAAGAACACGGCGAAUCUUGAGGAUAUGCGGAAGUGCUUCGAAGUGAACGUUAUCGGCACGGCUAACGUGACGAACCAUUUCUUGGAAAUGGUAAAGAAGGCUCCCGCGGGCCGUAUCGUGAACGUCAGCUCCAUCAUGGGAAGUUUUGCAACGACGUUUAUAGGUUUCGAGUAUGCCCCGUACACCAUUUCCAAAGCCGCGCUCAACAUGUACACCGUGAAGCUGGCUGCGGCUCUGAAGGAUACAAACGUUAAAGUGAAUUGUGGACACCCCGGCUGGGUGAAAACCGAGAUGGGUGGCCCCAACGCUGAAUUGGAAGUCACGGAGGGUGCGGAGACCAGCGUCUACCUUGCCACUCUGCCGGCGGACGGUCCGACUGGUGGCUACUUCCACAAGAAGGACAGCCUUCCAUGGUAA